AUGCAAGACUUGUUCGAAUCGAACCAAACAUUGUUUAUAUGGGGGUCCAGAGAAUGAUUUAGACACUGAUAGCCCCAAUAAACGAAGAAAGACCGAAACAGCAUCUAUAAUUGCUUCAAGUCCUGUGGACGACAAGGAGUUGCCCAAAUAUGUUUUCAAUGUCCAACAACCACAAACUUCGGACUGGGAUGUUUUGUUUACACAAGAAAUCACCACUCCCAACCUCCCUAGUUUUACUGAGUCUAGACUUCAGUCCUCUAUGGAUCAAGUAAAACAACAUAUUGACCAAAAAGAGCAGCCAAAGUCUGAAUAUGGGACUUCCGAGCUCUCAGAAGUUCCACAAAAUUCGGUUGUUGUUGCACAAGAUGAAGAGGCCGAUUUCUAUAAAUAUACUCGGAUGCUUCAAGAAUAUGUAUGUCAAUGUUCUCAAACAGACUGAUGGUCUUCUCUCGAGACGGAAAUUGAACGGGAACUGAUAACUGAUCCAUUUCCUCAUACAGUAUACCUUGGGGACUCUGCUUCGCUGUCCUAUCUUCAACUUGUGAGAGUCGUCAUAGGGGGGGUAGCAGGCCCUUCUCCAUUCACAAAAGAUCCACAGAGACACCGAAUAGUCGAAAAUACCAUUCUUCUGCCUACCAAUACUCGAUUGACGUCCUUGCUUCCUGACAAGGCAACCGCUCGUAUCUUACUAGAUGCGUACCUUAUCAAUGUAUGGUAUAAUGGUCUCGUUUUGAUUUGUUGCUGAUGAUAUAUAUAGACGAAUGGUCUCGUUGAAGUCUUCAGUCAAAAGAAAAUUGUGGAAUCACUUGAAAAAUGUUACGAGGACCCUCUUGAUGUGGAUUCUUCGUGGCUCUGUCUACUCCACUUGACAUUGGACUGA